AAUCUUCAUUCCAGCCAUACACACAGAAACAUACACGUUGUUCGUUCUUUCUUUUUAAUUUUAUUUUUGGAACCACCGUUUCUCUCUCUACAAUUUCCCUUCACCUUCAUCCCUUCCAUCCACCAAAAACGAUAGAGAGAGAAAGUGUCCGCGAACGAGAUUCGGGUUCGGAUCUCCGAUCCCUCACCGUUCCGUUCCCUACAUCCUUCUCUCGCCGCCGAAAAUGAUAGCCAUUCCGUAUCUCACUGCACUCACAACCUAUUUCAGUUACGGUUUGCUCUUCGCUUUCGGUCAAUUCAGAGAUUUCUUCAGAAAAAUCUUCGACUGGUGCAGCUCCAAUAAUCUUCAGGGUUAUGCACCGAUCUGUUUAGGACUUGAAGAUUUUUAUAUUCGCCGGUUAUACCUCCGAAUUCAGGACUGUUUUGGGAGACCAAUAUCAAGUGCUCCCGAUGCUUGGUUUGAUGUAGUCGAACGCCACUCCAAUGAUAAUAACAAGACAUUAAAACGAACCGAUAAAGUAAGUAGAUGUCUUAACUUGGGAUCAUAUAACUAUCUUGGUUUUGCUGCGGCUGAUGAAUACUGCACUCCUCGAGUAAUUGAUACAUUGAAGAAGUAUUCUCCAAGCACUUGCAGUACCCGGGUGGAUGGGGGCACGACUGCACUUCACAAUGAAUUGGAGGAAUGUGUAGCUAGUUUUGUUAAAAAGCCAGCUGCUUUGGUUUUUGGAAUGGGCUAUGUGACUAACUCUGCUAUUCUUCCGGUCUUGAUGGGGAAGGGAAGUUUGAUUAUUAGUGAUUCACUGAACCACAACUCAAUUGUUAAUGGUGCACGGGGAUCAGGAGCAACUAUUCGUGUUUUUCAACACAACGUGCCAGCACAUCUAGAAGAAGUUUUACGAGAACAAAUUGCUGAUGGACAGCCAAGAACACACAGACCUUGGAAGAAGAUAAUGGUUGUUGUGGAGGGGAUAUACAGUAUGGAAGGAGAGCUUUGCAAACUUCCAGAGAUAAUAGCUAUAUGCAAAAAAUUUAAGGUUUAUACAUAUUUGGAUGAAGCUCACAGUAUUGGGGCCGUGGGCAAGUCGGGAAGGGGAGUUUGUGAGCUCUUGGGUGUGGAUACUGCUGAUAUUGAUAUUAUGAUGGGAACAUUCACCAAAUCAUUUGGAUCAUGUGGAGGUUAUAUUGCAGGAUCUAAGGAACUUAUCAAAUACUUGAAGUACACUUGCCCCGCACAUCUUUAUGCAACUUCAAUUUCACCCCCAGCUGCUCAACAAAUAAUAUCAUCCAUAAAAGUUAUUCUUGGAGAGGAUGGUUCAAGUCGAGGUGCCCAAAAACUUGCACAAAUUCGAGAGAAUAGCAAUUUUUUCAGGUCAGAACUGCAGAAGAUGGGAUUUGAGGUUCUCGGGGAUAACGAUUCUCCUGUUAUGCCAAUCAUGCUUUACAACCCAGCCAAAAUCCCUGCUUUCUCAAGGGAGUGCCUCAGACAAAAUAUUGCUGUUGUGACUGUUGCAUUUCCAGCAACCCCAUUGCUACUGGCUAGAGCACGCAUAUGCAUAUCAGCUUCUCAUUCAAGGGAAGAUCUUACACAUGCCUUGAAGGUUAUUAGCAAUGUAGGGGAUCUAGUUGGCAUAAAAUACUUCCCUGCUGAACCAGUGAAGCAGCAACAAGGUGAUAAAAUUGUGAAGUUUGAUUGAGAGUGAAAGUCAAAGAAGAAAGAGGAACAAAAACUUGUGAAGAUAGAAGUGUAGUUAUUGUAAGGCAUUUUUGUUUCCAUGGUGGUUUCAAACUAACUGGGCAUGUAUAAAUCUGUUGCCAUCCAUCUUCAUGAUUAAGGUCUUGGCUUAAAGCAUCAGAUCCAUAUAAUCUUUUGUUUUCACAUGUAAGUCAUGUCUCAAGGAGGGAAGUUUCUGUUUACUUAUUUUGCCCAGUCGUUAGAUGAUGUGUAUAGUUGCAGUUUGGUUAUUAUUUAUUUGAAACUGACUUCUGUUUGAAAUUGUAAUCAAAUUGUAAAAUUGAAUUGUCAAAAGAAAGUAGAGCAUCUUGUAUUGUAAUUUGUUUGAAAUUUUAAGCCGAAUACAAGCUGAAAAGUCUCAAUAA